GCCCCACCUUCACCUACACGUUCCGCGGCGACCCGCACGCCAUGUUCGCCGAGUUCUUCGACGGGCGCAACCCCUUCGACACCUUCUUCGUGCAGCGCAACGGCGACGAUGAGGACGGCGACGAGGCCUUCAACACCUUCCACGUGGGGGGCUUCGGCAGCGUCAGCUUCCCGCGGGGCCGGGGGGGCGACGGCCGCAAGCAGGACCCCCCGGUGCUGUACGACCUGCGCGUGUCGCUGGAGGAGAUCUACAGCGGCUGCACCAAGAAGAUGAAGAUCUCCCACAAACGCCUGGGCCCCGACGGGAAGACGGUGAGGAACGAGGACAAGAUCCUGACCAUCGAGGUGAAGCGAGGCUGGAAGGAGGGCACCAAGAUCACCUUCCCCAAGGAGGGCGACCAGACCCCCAACAACAUCCCGGCCGACGUGGUGUUCGUGCUCAAGGACAAGCCGCACGACGUGUUCCGCCGCGACGGCUCCGACAUCGUCUACCCGGCCAAGAUCAGCCUGCGCCAGGCUCUGUGUGGCUGCACGGUGACCGUCCCCACGCUGGACGGCCGCUCCAUCCCCAUGGUGUUCCAGGACGUGCUCAAGCCGGGGGUCAAGCGCCGCGUGCCGGGGGAGGGGCUGCCCUUCCCCCGCUCCCCCGAGCAGCGCGGCGACCUCGUCAUCGAGUUCGAGGUCAAGUUCCCCGACAGGAUCCCCCCGGCCUCCAAACCCCUCCUGGAGCAGAUCCUGCCCCCCUAGGGCCCCCCAAAACCCGCCCGGGGGCCGCGGACUCGGGGGAGAC